GGGCGGGAAUCCAGUCGGGAGAAGGCAGCAGCGAGCGAGCGAGCCGGAGGCAGGCGAGGUCCCUGCGAGCAGGAGAGCAGCGGGAAGACGCAGCCACCUUCCUCACCAGCCAGCCCACAGCGGUUUAUUCCCUUUCUCGGGAGUGCGCCAAUGCCUGGGCCGACCCAAACCCUGUCCCCAAAUGGCGAGAACAACAACGACAUCAUCCAGGAUAACGGGACCAUCAUUCCUUUCCGGAAGCACACAGUGCGCGGGGAGCGAUCCUACAGCUGGGGAAUGGCAGUCAAUGUGUAUUCUACCUCGAUAACCCAAGAGACUAUGAGCAGACAUGACAUCAUUGCCUGGGUUAAUGACAUAGUAUCUUUAAACUACACAAAAGUGGAACAGCUUUGUUCAGGAGCAGCCUAUUGCCAGUUCAUGGACAUGCUCUUUCCAGGCUGCAUUAGUUUGAAGAAAGUAAAAUUUCAAGCAAAGUUGGAGCAUGAGUAUAUUCACAAUUUUAAACUUCUGCAAGCAUCAUUUAAGCGAAUGAACGUCGAUAAGGUAAUACCAGUGGAGAAGCUAGUGAAAGGACGUUUCCAGGACAACCUGGAUUUUAUUCAGUGGUUUAAGAAGUUCUACGAUGCAAACUAUGAUGGGAAGGAGUAUGAUCCGGUUGAGGCGCGACAAGGCCAGGAUGCAAUUCCCCCGCCUGGACCUGGUGAACAGAUCUUCAACCUGCCCAAGAAGUCACACCAUGCAAACUCCCCCACAGCAGGCGCAGCUAAAUCAAGUCCAGCAUCUAAACCAGGUUCCACACCGUCUCGUCCUUCGUCUGCCAAAAGGGCUUCGUCCAGUGGCUCAGCAUCCAAGUCUGAUAAAGAUUUAGAAACACAGGUCAUACAGCUUAAUGAGCAGGUACAUUCAUUAAAACUUGCCCUUGAAGGUGUGGAAAAGGAAAGGGAUUUCUACUUCGGGAAGCUGAGAGAGAUUGAGCUGCUCUGCCAAGAGCAUGGGCAGGAAAAUGAUGACCUCGUGCAGCGACUAAUGGAAGUGUUGUAUGCUUCAGAUGAACAAGAGGGCCAUACAGAAGAGCCAGAAGCAGAGGAGCAAGCCCAUGACCAGCAGCCCCAACAGCAGGAAGAGUACUGAACCAUCUUGGCAGCUUGUGACAGUUCCAUUGUGCAUGGGAACUUUUCUUCUGGAGAAUUGGAAUGUGUGGCCUCAAGCUCAAGAGAAACCGGUUGUUCCCAGUCUGCCGUUACCACCAACGCACUGUUGCAUUCGCCAACCACUGCACUUGGUCCCCAUUUCCUUUGCCAAGAUGCAUUAGCAGACGGCCAUUC